AUGGCUGAUGUUUUCAGAGGCCUGAACCUGCUUGAGACCCUCAAAGAAUCCAUAGAGAGCAAUAAACUAUCAGAUGUCAAGGAUGCAGUGGAAGAUCUCCUGAUCAGUAGGAUCAACUUAGCUGUGGUGGGUGUCCGAGGGGAUGAAAAAGACACUUUCAUAAACUCACUCCGUGGCCUCGGACCUGGGGAUGAGGGGGCAGCUCCGUCUUCACCCCCUGUUGCCACAGAAGAAGUGGCAGGCUAUCCUAACCCUAAACAUCCUGACUUCCGCCUGUGGGACCUGCCACCUGUGCCAGACACCUCCCCAUUUGAACCCGAGGGAUACAUGGAUAGAGUUAAAUUCCUCCGCUACAAUGCUGUCUUCAUGACUUUCACACGUACACCACACCCCAACAGUGUGGAGGUGUUCUUGGAGGCCCGUUCACUGCAGCGACAAACGGCAUACUUCAUUCUCUUAGCUUCAGUAGAAGAUACAGAAAAGAGCCUGGAAGAAAAGAGGAAAGUCAGUCUGGAAAUACUGACAUCAAAGGGUGUGACACAGCCUAAAGUUUAUCUGGUCAGACCCUCCACACUGGAGAAGCUUGACUUCCCUGGUCUGUUGGAGGACAUGAGCAAAGACCUUCCAGAAAUCCGAGCCCAUGCUCUUCUCUUGGCCCUGCCAACACUCACAUCAAAUCUGGUCACCCAGAAAAAGGAGGCAUUCAAAGCACUGGUAUGGGCAGCUGCCUCGCUAUCUGGUGGAAUGUCGGCUAUUCCUGUUCCCCUGGUGGCCUCUAUGGUGGACUCAAGUGUAGCAGUGCGGAUCCUAUCAAAAGCUCAGUUAUCUCUGUGCCUGGAUGACGAAUCAGUUGAGAAACUGGCCAAACGGCGAGGCAUAGAACCCGCAAGACUUAAAGGGCUGCGGACUUGUGUGCUGUCAGUGGAGAUCACCAAAGGCGAAGUGAAGAAGCGACUGGCAGCGGCAGAAAAGGACUUGGCCACAGUUUCAUCGAAGCUAGUGGAGAUGGCAAUGCCCAGACAUGCCCGUUCUGCCAGCCGCUCCUUUGCUGCCAUGCUACAGGCUUUAAAUGGCGCGAUUGAUGAAAUGGCGGUCGAUGCUGAAAAGAUAGUGGCUGCUGCUGUUGGGGAGGGGAAGUGAAGUCGAAUGCUUUUCUGUUUGCUUGAUGUUUCCUGUUUAUGCGUGGUUCACCUUCACUUUGAUGUUUUGGGAUACAAGAAAUGCACUAUUUAUACAAUGCUUCAUAAAUUUUUUCAUACUGUUUCACUGCUUUUGAUGAGCAUGAAGUUCUG